ACCGACGAUAAUCCUAGUCCAACAGCUGCAAUGAAGGCCCCACGGUCUGCAAUGCUCGUCACGGCGCUCGUCGCUGCAGCAGCAGCACUACUUUGGGCCGGAGUGGAGGCCCAGACGAGCUGCGGUAGCGCGUUGACGAGCCUGUCCCCGUGCCUGAGCUUCAUCACGGGCAACUCCUCGGUGCCGUCAUCAGCCUGCUGCACUCAGCUCGCGAGUGUCGUCAAGUCGGAGCCGCUGUGCCUCUGCGAGGUCCUGAACGGGAGCGCGUCGUCCGCGCUGGGCGUGAACAUCAAUCAGACUCAGGCGCUGAAGCUGCCUCCCGCUUGCAACGUCCAGACUCCGCCCACCAGCAGUUGCAAUGCUCUAUCUCCGGCGAGGUCUCCGGCGGGAUCGCCAACUUCCACUCCUGGUGGGCGCUCAUCAGAUGGAAGCAACGCCAGUUUGAAAUGGUCUCUGGUCCUCUUCACGCUCUUCAUGGCAUCGCACGAAGCCGUCGUGCUCGUGCAGAACAGCUUAGACCCAAUAUAGCUCAUUC